UCAUUGAAAAUAACAUAACAAAUGGUGGAGGGUUAACCAUUUUCAAAUGCAUGGGACGUACAAUAGGAAAGUCAACAUCUCGCAUUCUUAGCACAGAAGAAUGGUCCCAAGCACAUUUAUAUGUGUUGACUAAUUGUGAGGAAGUGACGUCAUUUAUUGAAGAGCAUAAGCAAUCUAUAAGGGUUAAGCCUCGUAUUCGUGCACGAAAUGUAGAUUUGAUUCACACAAGAGAAUUCAUUAGUUGGUUUGAAGAACGUGAAAUGUCACAUCGAAGAGGAAGAGUACAAAUAGUGUCUCCAGAAGAUGAGUUGGACAAUCUACAACAACUCUCAGACAUACAACCUGCUGCAACUACUACUCCUAGUAGUUCUGAUCCUUCCGAUUCUUCAGAUCCUUCUGUUGUUGGUUCAUCCUCUAGCAAAAAGAGGACACGUGGCCCAACGCGUAACUUAGAUUUACUUAGUAUGAAACUCGGGGAAAAAAAAACUACACGAUUCAAUACCAGAGGGCAAGUUGUUUAUGAUGGAAAAUGGGAAAGAUUGUCAAGCUAUAUGGGAACAUUGGUGCGAUCUCAACACAAUGUACCCAUCCAAGUUCAAGAUUGGAAUCAUGUUAGUAAAGAUGUGAAGGAAAAGAUUUGGGCCUUAGUAUUGGAAAAAUAUGAACUAGAAGAAACAUGUAAGAGCUACAUUCUUCAAUGUUGUGGAAAUUUGUUUAGAAGCUAUAGAAAUAAAAUGAAGGCCAAGUAUUAUAACCCUUAUAAUACAAAUGAGGAGAGAUUGUGUCAUCGACCUCCACACUUAUCAGAUGAUGAUUGGAGGUGGCUCAUCCACUUUUGGGGUACACCUGAGGCCAAGGAUAUCUCAGACAAAAACAAGGCAAAUAGGGCAAAACAAGUGAUAAAGCAUACAUCGGGAUCAAAAAGUUAUGCUCAAAUUCAAUAUGAACAGGCACAAAAGAAGAAGGAUCAAAGUGAGCCCAAUAGAAUUGAGAUGUUUGCCAUAACACACUCAAGAAAAGAUGGGACGCCUGUUGAUGAUCAUUCUAAGGAGAUUAUGGAUCAAUUUCAGCAAUUACUAUCCCAACCUAAUGGGACAUCUUUUUCUACUUCUGCAUCAUCUGGAGCAUCUACAUCUGUAUCAUCUACAUCUGUAUCAUCUACAUCUGUAGCAUUUACAUAUGUAGAUGAGAUAUAUACUCAAGUCAUGGGUCCAGAGAGGCAUGGUCGUGUUCGAGGAUAUGGAUUUGGUCCUACUCCUACCUCAAUCUUUGGUUCUACUAGUAAAAGGCGAUCAAGAGUUAUUCUUUCAACACAAAUUGAAAAUGCCCAAGAGAUGCUAAUAGCUGCAGAACAAAAGUUUACAACUGCAACUGAAGAACUCUCAAAUGUGAAAGAGGAACUCUCACAUGUGAAAGAAACAUUUGAAAAGAGGUUGAUAGAAGUUCAAAGGAAGACACGAGAAGAAGUGAAAGAAGAGUUUGAAGAAAAAAUGAUGGAAAUGCAAAGAAAAAUGCAAGCACAAAUGCAAGCACAAAUUCAAGAACAGAUGAUGCAAAUGAUGCAACAAUUUCGGCAAAAGCAAUAGAAAUUUGAAGAUUUUGCUACAUCUUUAUAUGAUAGAUUCUCUUAACUUUUUUUAAGAUUAUGCUACUUAUU